CGCAGUUUCGAAAGUUCAAUUUCGCAUGGCGGACGUGCAAGUGAACUCUGUUAUUUGUUGGUGAUAAUUUCAUUUAUUAUCUCGUUGUGAUUCCCUAUGGAAAGACAAAUUCUGAUGCUUCUAUUUCUUUGUGGUCGUGCUUUAUUCAUUCCUUAACAUCAGAUGAUGCUAAAGUUUUAUUUAUAGUUGCAUUUGUGUGAACUGCAUAGUGUUUCUCAAAAAUGGGAAAAUGUGACGAAGCUAACGUCGAAGUUAGCAUGGGGGACUCGGCGUCCCCUACUAUGAAACCUGAUAAUUUCUCGUUCACCCCGCCUCCAGAGGCUCCGGUGUUUGAGCCUACGCCAGAGGAAUUCUUGGACCCCCUGGCAUACAUCAGCAAAAUACGACCAAUCGCCGAGAAGUCGGGCAUUUGCAAGAUAAAACCUCCAGCGCACUGGCAGCCUCCAUUUGCAGUUGAUGUGGAUCGGUUACGAUUCACACCGAGGAUACAGAGGCUCAAUGAGCUGGAGGCGAUUACACGAGUGAAGUUAAACUUCCUCGACCAGAUUAUAAAGUUUUGGGAGCUGCAGGGCUCCGUGCUGAAGAUCCCAACCGUUGAAAGGAAACCGUUGGAUCUCUAUGCUCUUCACAAGAUUGUCAAAGAAGCAGGUGGUUUUGAAGUAUGUUCAGCAGAGCGCAAGUGGUCGAAGGUGGCCCGUCGUAUGGGCUUCCCCCAGGGCAAGGGCAUCGGCUCCAUACUGAAGAGCCACUACGAGAAGAUCCUCUACAGAUACGAUAUCUUCAAGAACAAUGGGGCGGUGGAUAAUAAGGACACAAAAAUUGAAGUGAAAGGCGAACAAACGCCAGAGAAGGCGAGCGGCACGCGGAGUCGGUCGACAAGUAAAUGCACGACGGCCGCGACACCGCCUCCGGCCCGUCGGUUCAAGCCGGACCCGGACGGACCGACCCCCACGGAGACCGUACCGGCCGACAAGACCCCUCAACAACUGCAGGAGGAAGCAAUGAAGACUCCAGUCAAAGAGGAGAACCCCUCAGAAACUAGGCGAAGUCCUCGUGAAAACAAAUGGAUGUCAGCAGCCGGCAGCUGCGGCGCCAGAUCCCGCGUGACUCGGUCGACCCGGCUGCGGGAACAUCGCAUGUCCAACAUGACCGUGUCGGUCACCCCAGCGCCACCUACCAGCCACACGCUGCAUCCUGACGACCCGCUGGCGAAGUACAUGUGCCAUGUGUGCGGGCGCGGUGAUGUGGAGGAGCAGAUGUUGCUCUGUGACGGUUGCGACGACUCUUACCAUACCUUCUGCCUGCUCCCCCCGCUCGCCGACGUGCCUAAAGGAGACUGGCGAUGCCCUGUAUGCUUGGCUGAGGAGGUGUCGAAGCCGACGGAAGCGUUUGGUUUUGAGCAAGCAACCCGGGAGUAUACUCUACAACAAUUCGGAGAGAUGGCGGAUCAAUUCAAAUCAGAUUACUUUAAUAUGCCAGUUCAUAUGGUACCCACAUCAACAGUGGAGAAGGAGUUCUGGCGCGUCGUCUCCUCGUUGGAUGAAGAUGUUACAGUGGAAUAUGGCGCCGACUUACAUUCUAUGGACCAUGGUUCCGGUUUCCCCACAAAGACCCACGCGCACCUGUACCCUGGCGAGCAGCAGUAUGCGGAGUCGAGCUGGAACCUGAACAACCUGCCCGUGCUAGAAGGUUCCGUACUAGGACAUAUCAACGCAGAUAUCUCUGGGAUGAAGAUCCCUUGGUUAUACGUGGGCAUGUGCUUCGCUACCUUCUGUUGGCAUAACGAGGACCACUGGAGCUACUCCAUCAACUACCUGCACUGGGGAGAACCUAAAACUUGGUACGGAGUACCAAGUUCAAAAGCUGAACAGUUCGAAGCCGCGAUGAAGGCGGAGGCUCCUGAACUGUUCCAGCUGCAACCAGACCUACUGCAUCAGCUGGUCACCAUCAUGAACCCUAACAUCUUGAUGAAGGCUGGGGUUCCUGUUUAUAGAAUGGACCAACACGCCGGCGAGUUCGUGAUAACAUUCCCUCGCGCGUACCACGCCGGCUUCAACCAAGGAUACAACUUUGCUGAGGCUGUCAAUUUCACACCUGCCGACUGGCUAAAGAUGGGUCGUGAAUGCAUAGCCCACUACUCCACACUGCGCCGGAACUGCGUGUUCUCUCAUGACGAGCUGGUCUGCAAGAUGGCCCUGGAGGCGGACUCACUGAGCCUCACCGUGGCCCUGGCCGCCUACAGGGACAUGCGCACCAUGCUGCAUGAUGAGAGGAAACUCAGGAAGGGCCUGCUCGACUGGGGAGUGACGGAGGCGGAGCGCGAGGCGUUCGAGCUGCUAUCGGACGACGAGCGGCAGUGCACGCUGUGCAAGACCACGUGCUUCCUGUCGUGCGUGGCCUGCGCCUGCACCCCUAGUGUCGCCUGUCUCAGGCACUACACGCAGCUCUGCCACUGCCCGCCGCAUAUGCAUAAACUCAGAUACCGCUACACCCUGGACGAGUUGCCAGCAAUGCUGGAAAAGUUGAAGAAGAAAUCUGAACAGUUCCGGGAGUGGGCCGAGGCUGUACAGAACGCCCUGGACCCUGAUACACCCAAGACUUGUGACCUCGACGGACUCAGGGCACAUCUCAAGAGGGCGCAUGAUCUCAAGAUGCACAAAACAGAGCUAGUCCGUGCGUUGGAAACGGCAAUAGAGGACGCGGAGAAAUGCGCGUCCGUGAUCCAACAGCUGGACCUGAACAAGAUGCGCACGCGCACGCGCCACCACGACCCCAAGUACCGCCUCACCAUACACGAACUUACACUCUUCGCCGCAGAGAUCGACGGACUCGCCUGUGUCUUGCCUGAAGGCUCAGCAGUAAAAGAAGUAUUACGACAGACAUCGGAGUUCGAGACCCGUGCCACCGAGCUCCUCAACAAGGACCUGGAGAAAACUGACCAAGCAUAUGUCAGAGAAUUGGAAGAGACAUCGGAGCUCGGGUCCCGUCUGUGCAUCGUGCUGCCGGCGCUGCCGGCGCUGGUGUCCCGGCUGUCGCAGGCGCGGUUCCUGGAGUGCGUGCGCGCCUACCGCGAGGACUGCUCCACGCUCACGCCGGAGGUCAUCCAACGUCUGCUGCAGCAGGCAGACUCCGUACUGCCGCACCACCGGGUCGAGGCCGAGAGGGCUCAGCUGCAUGCGCUUAAAGCUCAAGUAGACGAAUGGGAGAACCGUGCCCGUGCAGUGUUAGUGGACACGUCAAAGAACCCCCCGUCGGAGACCGAGCCCCAGUACACCACGCUAGCCGAGCUGGAAGCCUUGCUGACUGAUGGGGAGGAGAUCGAGGCGUCGCUACCUUCCUACCACGCCCUGCAGACUGCUGUCUCACAUGCUAGGGACUGGUUGAGUAAGGUGGAAGAGAUGCAGUCCAAGGAGCUGUACCCGUACAUGCACAGCGUGGAGAGCGUGGUGCGGCGCGGCGCCAGCAUCCCGCUGCAGCUCUACGAGAAGGACCAGCUGGCGCAGGCGCUGCAGUCCGCCAGGAACUGGAAGCGAGGCGCUGCUGAUAUGUUCCUCAAGAAGAACUGGCCAUACUCUCUACUAGAAGCCCUAUCCCCCCGCGUGGAGGUGGGGGAGACAGUAAGCAAACGACGCGCGCGUACAGGGGGAGCUGGGGUAGCUGGAGGGGAACCGGCCUCCUCGCUGGAAGCGGGGCUGUUCCUCAAGAACUUCAGCGAGGACUCCACACCGACUGACAUCGUCGCUGCCUUCAAAAAUGCUGAGCAGAAAGAGCUGCAAGCCAUUAAGGAAUUAAGAGCGCGCAACAUGCGCAAGGAGGUCCGUGCGCCGGUGUCCGCGGGCGUGACGUUCUGCACGUGCCAGAAGCGACAGUAUGGCGUCAUGACGCAGUGCGAGCUCUGCAAGGACUGGUUCCAUGCCUCUUGCAUAGCCGCGAACAAGGAGGAGCGCGAAGAGUCUCCCGAGCGCGCGGAGUCCAGCUUCCCAACGACGGAGCCCAAGUUCCUGUGCUCCGACUGUGUCAGGACGAAGAGGCCGCGACUCGACCGUAUACUGGCGCUAUUGGUAUGGCUGCAGAAGCUACCCGUCCGCCUAGCGGAGGGCGAGGCCCUGCAGUGCGUGACGGAGCGCGCCAUGGCGUGGCAGGACGCGGCGCGCGCGCUGCUGGCCAGCCCGGCGCUGCAGCGGGACAGCGCCGCCGUGCCGCCGCCCGCCAACACCGACAAGCUGCACCAGGACCUCAAGAAGGCCACCGGACGGGCACAUCUCGCAGCGCAGCAAAAUGCCAGAUCUUCAGCGAGUGUGGAACAUGCAUACAGUGCGACGCCGAGAUCUCCUAGUGCACGAGCCGCACCCGGACUGUUACAGAAAUUGGAAGACUUGAUGCUCGAGGGAGACUUGUUAGAGGUGAAGCUGGAGGAGCAGUCGGCGGUGUGGGGCGCGGUGGUGUGGUGGCGCGGCGCGGCGGGGGCGCGGGCGGCGCGGCACGACGCCGGCCGCCGCAAGCGACACACGCGGCCCCCGCGACACCACCACCCCAUGAAGCGGACACGGACAAGACACCACCACGUUGCACCAGCUGCGAAACCUACCCUCAAACGAGGCACAGCUACUACUACGAAUUAUCUCAAUAGAAAACAGGGCAUGUCAUCAGGCUCCGGUCUGAUGAUGCGCAAGCACUACAUGGCGCGCCAGGAGCGUCGCAAGCGGGGACUGGCGCCCCCUACGAGGGGGAAACAUGUGCGGCAAACUAGGAUGGGCCAGCGUGCGGCGGCGUCGGGUUCGGGCACGGGUCGCGGCGGCGGCGCGGCCAGCGCGCGGCGGAGUAGCUCGUCGUCGGCUUCCUCAGCAGAGGACGAUGAGGACUGCGCUGCGCAGAACUGUCUUCGCCCUACUGGUAAGGAGGUGGACUGGGUGCAGUGCGACGGGGGCUGCGACCAGUGGUUCCACAUGCACUGCGUGGGGCUGUCCCGCGCCGCGCUGCGCGAGGACGACGACUACGUCUGCGGCACCUGCGCGCACCAGCGCCGCUAGUGCACCGGGCACGACGCACCCACACUCGGGGCCUUGCACCUGCCUUCUACUAGUGAUACGGUUUGCUCUGUUUUCUUAUCUAGUGUACUGCCACUCAUACGAACUGGUUCAAUUCUAACUCGGAUUUUAUAACAAUAUUGUGUAUUCACUUUGACACAAGUGUUCUUAGAUGCAGUUUUAUGAUACUGUCCAAUCGAAUAGAGAGUAAUAUAAAAUUGUAACUUUACAAUAUAAGCGAACAUGUCUACAACAAAUAAACUAUGACGUUAAUUGUAUUUCUAUGAAAUAUCAAACACUGGAAUUACAAUACAUACUUGGUUUGAGCAUUUUGGCCUAAACAAGGAGUUCUGAGCGAACACAUCCAAUAGAAUAGUGAAAUACAGGUCUUUUUAGUUAUUACAAACAUGAUUACUCGAACAAAGCAAUAUAAACCUUAUUUGGUUCAAUGUUAAAACCAUGUUCGCUCGACUUCUCCCAUUUCACUGAAGGGUAGAGAGACAAACAUAGAAGCAAGUGAUUAGAGAAACAAAACAUAAUGAAACUUAUCGCCAAGAUAUAUGAUUGAUUUCACAACGGACACGUUUCCGAGAUUAAAUAAUACAGAUCAAAUAAAUUAAUGACUGAGCGUGAUAGAAUGAUUCAGAUUAUAUUAUGAUGAAAAGAGAGGGAACAUUAGUUGCAAAAUAAAGUAGCAUAAUUAAACGUUUUUGAAAUUAUCUCAAUGUGGUUCAAUGGAUUUUUAGAUCAAAUUAACGAGUCUGAUUUGUUAUGACACAAGUGUUUUGAAAAGUUGUUAUAAAAUAACUUGUUGAUUGUGUAAUAAAAUUUCAACUUUACAGUUAGUAAAAUAACAUUCAAUUUUGACAUCUAAUGUCUAAAACUUAAUAUUGAAUUUCCAAUAAUGUGUCAUAACAAACAAACUCCAUAAUAUAGUAGCAAUCGUUCAAUGUUUUAAUAGAAAAUUUUCAAGUAAAUAAAUAAAAUUACUGUUAUCAAGUGUUUUUGCCAUAGCGGGGCUCUAGUCCCAAGCAUGUUUAGAUCAGUGUUAGUAGAAUCCCCAAUCUGAAGUUUUUGGAGGUUAUAAUUUACUGUAGACGUAUUUCGAGGAAAUUAGUAGACAUGGUGUCGUGAGCCUAUAAAUGGGACACUGAUCACCAAAGGUCUCUUAAUAAAUGGUCCAAUGUAGUGUAGGCAAUUACUUGAACAAUAUCAAAUUAUCAAGACCUACAAAUAAUUGCGUUUUCCUCUAUUGGACACAAAUAACUAUAAACUUAUUCCACGAUUUACCUCUACAGUGAAUAAUACCGCCAUGUUUUCAAUAUAGAUGUUCAUGUUAAUCCAAUGUUAUUGUUAAAAUAUUAGCAAAAUAUACACGUCUCUCUCUCUCUUUGCCUCUCUUUCUCUCACAAAAGUUGGUAUCUUCAGAGUGCGACGAGUGGGAUAGGUAGAGUUAUUAUUUUUUAUUAAAAAUAAAACUGACAAGUAAUUAAGGUAUCGGGACUGGGAAAUAUGUAAUUUAUGUAUAAUAUAUAUUAUGUAUAAUUGGUAAUGAAGGACUAGGUGUAUGUAUUGUGGACCGGCGCACGCGCGGCCACUUGUAAAGUAGUGAGUUUUGUAAGUUGUCUAGUCCUUAACGUGUCGUUUGGUGUAACACUUAAUGGGCAACACCUUAUUUUUAUAUUGUUAAUGGCAACAUUAAUAUGUUUGCAAUGCCAAAAUGUAAUUUUCGUGAAAGAGUCAAAGAAAAGUGAUUGUAAUGUGGAUGGUAUUGCUCGUAAGUUUUAUACCAAGCAGGUUCCUACGUCACAGUAACAAAUAUAUUUAUAUUUGAAACGUUUUCCAGUCCUGUCGAUGUUAAUAUUGAAUGUAGCCAAAUAUUUGAGAUUUAUUUUUACUAAUUUUGUACUUUAUUUACUUGUUAUACGGUUGGAAAUUAGUAAAUAUUAUUUCUUUUUUUAUAUAAUUAGCGAUUAGUUGUGGCCCUAGUGUAAUUGUAGCGGAUAUUUUGAAUUUUGUAUUUUUGAGUUGUAUUAAAGAGUAGUUUGUUCAGUUUGGCCACAUUCAUGUUAAUGUUGGGCGACAGACGCGAUGACAAGGUCUUCGGAUGGACGAGAAACUUUUUUGUAAAUAUUUUUUUAAAAAACUUAGCGAGAAAAUUAAAAAGUUUUUAAUGUAAUGGAAUUUUUGCAAGAAACUGAUAGCGUAAGUAGUAGAUACAUAUGUGUGCGAGGUGUGUCUGUGUGGAGCGUGAGCCACUGAUUGUCUAAUUACUUUCAAUUACUAAACCUAGAUUACUGCGACUAGUAGCAUGUCGACAUUUUCUAUAAAACCUGUACAGACAUCAUUAUAAACUAAAGAAUUUAAAACAUUACCGAGCUCAUAGUUGAACACUUUUCUACAACAUUUUACACUGUUACGUGACAUUAAGUUUAUGUAAAGUAAUCGUGGUUAUUGUUCUAUAUAUAUUACAUCUAUCAACUUAUAUAAUCACUUGUCUGUAAAGUACACACACGACACGAGACAGCCUAGUACAAGUUUGAUUUACAUUUACUGAGAUCGCUCUCUGAUUGGUUGGUUAAUUUCAGCCGGCCAAUCUGAGGGCUAAACGCGGUAACGUGUCAAUCUCAUUAAACGUAAAACAAAGUCGUACUAAGACCUCUAGUAAACAAUGCGAAGAGUUCAUUGAACGCGAUAUCCUAUAUAUUAUGUUGAUACGAUAGGACGGAGUAAUAUGUACCAUACAACCCUGUAAGCUUGAGUUCCAAGACCAAUUAGUGAACUAUAUUGUGUAUCUGCUUUGUAUUGGUCGGGAGCGUUUAUCUUAUUGUAAAUAUUGUUUAAAUGUAGUUCGAUGUAUAUGUAAUGUUAGAAUAAUGUUGUAAGAGCUUGAUACCUUUGUAAGUAAAUAAAAGCACCCAUGUGACAGAGCCACGCGAGUAUUCUCUGUCACAUGUGUCCUUUACAACAUAUUUUUACAGAUAUUAAAAUGUCUUUGAAAAUUUUGAAGUAUUUUAUGUAGUUUUGACUGAAUUAGUAUCUGUUUUAAUAUGUUUUGUCGAAAUAUUUAUGCACUGGCCUUUAAUUUGUGAAUCAAUGAUUAUAUCAUAGUUUAUAAUAAAUAAGACGAUUAAAUAAAGCUAAUACCUUACCAGAUUUUCUUUUCUAUUCCAGUUUUUUAAGAGUUAAUUUAAUUUAACUUGUUUUUAAUGUCCUUUAAUGUUAACUUACCUGGGUUUUUCGACAACUAAUAUUAAAUAAAGUAUUGAACAAAAUUUUUAAGCACUCUAUAUGAAUUGCACAAAGAUAUAAUAUAUAUAUUAGUCACAAAUACAGAUAAACGUGAUAUAUAAAACUAUAUGUUAUAUAUUUUAACCGUCUUCCAAUUUUAUUUGUUACCAAACUGCAAUACCCGAGACCUUACAAAGGCGAAAAAAACUAUAAUCUUCCUACAAUAUAUUUAUUUUAUAUCUAACAUAUCUAAAAAAAAACAUUCAGAUCUAAAUUAAAAUAAUAUUGCUAUUACUUACUUCUAACGAAGCAAAGAAAGAGACAGGAAUAUAAUCACUAUCCUUUAAAUACAUUUAUCACUAAGUUACUACACAAAAUCUGUUAAUUUGGACAGUGGUCGUUCUUCUGUCUCAUUCUAAUCGUACUAAAUAGAAAAGGAUAGCAAUAGCUGAAAUAUUCGACUUGGCACAACUGAAAACAUGUCUAUAUAUUGCUGUAUCACAAAUACUAAGGCUUGGUAAGGUUCAAUUGAUUCGAUUAGUUACAGCCAUUGUAUUUACAUUGAAAAUAUAAUAUAUUACAUUAUUACAUUAUUUCUUACGCUUAUUGUACUGGCACAACUCUACAUUGCGAUAUAUAAAAAAAAAAAAACUAAAUAUAAAUCUAAUUUAUUAAAAACACAGUGCAAUUGUAUUACUUAUAUGCCUUUUAUUAGUUACUAUUGGUUAAUUCUAUAUCUAUACAAGAUUUUCUUAAUAUAUAAUAAUCACAAUGUAAAGUUGUAUACAAAAUGUACCGCUAAAUGACAAAUGAUAAGCCAAUAUGAACUCUAUCGCUUGUAGACAAGUUCUGUAUUUGUUCGCCAGCCAUCUAGCGCUAAGUCUCAACUGUUAGAUAUUUGCGAUUGUUUUAUUAAAUAAGUGUUAUUGGUUUGACAGUUACAUAAGUUCUACAGUAAUUUAACUAAUUUAGUUUAACAUUGCAUGUUAUACGAUCGUAGUGUUCCUCUACUUAGUAGAAUUAAUUCAAAAUUUAUUUUAAAUUAUAGUGUGUAAUUUAUUUGGUAUAUAAUUUAUUUUUCUCUUGAGCUUAUACUUAAUUUGAAUCUAGGAUUCGAGCUAAAAUCUCUAUUUGUAGCCACUAGUCCGAUUUCCAGAUGAUUUGUUAAAAAAUAUAAAUAUAAUAUAUGUCAAACCAAGUGCACAUGCAUGGCUGAUUCACAAAAUUAUGUUGAUCUCUGGCAGCCCUCGUCUGACCUAAUGUUUAAUUAUAUUUAUAUGUAUGUAUGGACUCGAUACCUGCGCACACGCCGGCUCGACGAAUUACAGUCCCCCACAAUACUUGUAGGACGUUACUAUAUAUUUUAAUAUAAAAUGAAAUAUUUAUAUUAUAUAUAAUUACUAUUUUUGAUAAUUAUGAUAAAAUGUAGUGAAAAAUAUAUGUAGUUCCUAUGAGUAUUUUUAUCCUGAUUAUGCAUUUUAAAUGAACAAUUAAUUAGUACUGGAAUUUGGCACGUUGAUCCAAGGCUUUGUUUAGUAUAUUGUGCCAAAUUGUGUAAUUAUUAGCCAUUUUGCAGUUUUGACAUUAAGUUAUAGUACAACACUACCCCGCUGCUAUUCGUCCGCGCUCGGUCUGUGCGCGCAUAUUGUACAGUAUAUAUAGUUAAGUGCAGUCGUAUGUCCAACAAUACCGGAGUGUGUCUGCCUGUAUCGUGUAAAGCCUUCACUGUAUUGUUUAAUGUUUGUAAAUGAAUGGAUGUCGUCCCGUAUCGUUGGACAGAUUGACAUUAUUGUGUACCAAAUAAAUAUAGAAAAUUAUAGAAAAAUAA